AUGGUGAAUCCAUUUGUACGAAAAUUCGUGCCACUUGUUAAUUUCUUGAUCGCAACGGCUGCUCUCGGUUUUCAAGUCGGUGUGUUGUAUCCAUGGCAUCAUCAACUCGAACAACGAUUUAAUGAAUUAGAACAUAAACAAGAGCAAAAACUUGAAGAUUAUCAUCAAACAAAAAUGCAAACAAUGAAAAAUAUUGAGGAAAAGCUUUUGACAUUAAAUGUUCCAAAAGAAUCAACGACCUCACCUAAAUGA